GGCAGGGUCUCCAGGAUGCCUGGGAUGCUGAUAUUUGGGAGGCGCUGGGCCAUCAGCAGCGAUGACUUUGUCUUCCCAGGAGCCUUUGAGCUUUUCAUCAGGGUGAGCUGGUGGAUUGGCAUUCUGGUUUUGUAUUCGAUGCACAAAGCGCAACUGGAUUGUCCUGGUGGGAGGCUAUUGCAUAGUUACCUUCUGGUCCUCCUCAUUCUCCUGGCGACCAUCAUCUGUGCUUUAUCUGCUGUUGUUUAUAUCAGCAUGCAAGGAACAAUUUCCAAUCCUGGGCCAAGGAAGUCUCUUCCUAAAUUGCUCUACCUGCGCCUGGCUCUCUUCUUGCCAGAGCUGAUAUGGGCUGUUGUAGGAGCCAUUUGGGUGUCGGACCACAGCAUCAGUUGUGACAGGACUGUGAUAAACACCAUAUUUGGGACAGUGAUUGCCAGCUGGAUAAUCAUUGUUUUCACUGUUGCGGCAAUUGUCAUUGUUUUUGAUCCACUCGGCGGGAAAAAGACCUUGUACCUUUCUGGUUGUCCUAGUCGCAACUUGGAGAGCAGUCAGUCGGGCCAGCUGUUUUACAACGUCAAGAAGACGGCAACCAGAGUCUGGGAGAAAAGGAUCCGGUUACUAUGUUGUUGCAUUGUGCAGAACGAUGACCACCGAGUUGCUUUUACCAGCAUCGCUGAGCUCUUUCGGGCCUACUUCUCAGACACCAACCUGGUCCCUAGUGAUGUAGCAGCAGGUCUAACUCUGCUUCACCAGGAGCAAGACAAGGUGGAGAAUUGCCCUAAAGAACCUGAGGAAGUGCUGACUCAGUCCCCAUUGUCUCCUGUGGCUGAUGAUCUGGAUGCCGAGAUAGAAAACGCUGCACACUAUAUGAAGUUUGCUGCAGCUGCUUAUGGCUGGCCGUACUACAUCUGGACGAACCCUUUUACAGCACUCUGCAAGCUGAAAAGUGGUUGUUGUAGAAACAGGCCAGUAGAAGUAGAUAUCAUUGGUGGUGACCAUCUGAACAUGCACUUUGGAUCCAUCUUAAACAUAACGGGGCUGCAGUACAGAGACUUCAUUCACAUCAGCUUUCACAAUAAAAUUUUUGAGAUCCCAUUCUUUGUCGCGUUGGAUCACAAGAAAGAGGCCAUUGUGGUUGCUGUGAGAGGAACUUUGUCCUUUGAGGAUAUCCUCACGGAUCUCUCGGCAGAUUGCGAAAGCAUAACUCUUGAAGAUAUUCUGGAAAAUGGUCUUGUACAUAAGGGGAUAACCCAGGCUGCCAACUACAUCUACAGAAGACUAAUAAAUGAUGGGAUUUUGAAUCAAGCCUUCACCAUUGCUCCUGAGUAUAAACUGGUUGUAGUUGGCCACAGCUUAGGAGGAGGAACCGCCUCCAUUCUGGCCAUCAUGCUCAGAAAUUCUUUCCCAACCUUAAGAUGUUAUGCCUUUGCUCCACCAGGGGGUUUAUUAAGUAAGUCCCUGGCAGAUUAUACUAAACAAUUUAUCGUGUCAGUCAUUGUCGGGAAAGACGUUGUCCCAAGGCUCAGUAUGCCCAAUAUGGAAGAUCUGAAGAGAAGGAUCAUCAGAAUAGUUGCCAACUGUAACAGACCCAAGUACCAGAUACUGCUGCAUGGCUGCUGGUACGAAGUAUUUGGAGGAGACCCUGAUAACUUCCCCACUGAACUGGAUGGGAGAAACCAGGAUGCUCUGUCCCAGCCUCUCCUAGCUGAAGAGAGCCUCAUGGUUCAUCAGUCACCUUCAUAUACUUCUCUAGCAGGGGAUGAAUCAUCUUUAAAUUCUCCUCCUCCGUAUCCUCAUUUGUUCCUUCCAGGCAGAAUCAUCCACAUCAUAGAAGAAAACAGCACAAGGAGAUGGUGCUCGUCAGAUGUCAAGUACAGCGCAAGUUGGUCCAAAGAAACUGCCUUUGGUAACAUUUUAAUAAGUCCAAAAAUGAUAACGGAUCAUAUGCCAGAAGUUGUGCUCAAAGCUCUGAACAGCUUGGCUGAGGAAAGUGUCUCUUGCAUUUCCUGUCAGCCACCAGGGGACUUCUCUACGAACAUUGUAUAACUUCAGACCUAGGAGGGCAGCAGUUGCGGAUUGCCUGCUCCUUGCCUCCCCUAGUGUUCACAGGAGACCUGCUGUUUUGUAUUCUGAUCUUAAACCAUGCCUCAGGCAGAACCUGGGGGCAUGUCUGAGCAAUUUCAAGGUGAAGGGAAAAAACACCUCAUGCAACAGCAGCAGUUCUUCCGGAUUACUCCGCUUUGCUGGGUAACUUCUACAUGAAGCAGUGAUGAAUCCAGUCACUGACGUCAACGGCACAGCAGUGUGGCAGUUGAACUGAAUAGCUUGGACAGAGGAAGAACACAGAUGGCAGUUAAGAGUAAGUAACCAUAAAGUUCCCAAGGUUUAGGUUGGUUUCCACCACUGAUGUGGCAGAGGCCAUCCUAGGAGAACGCACAUUGUUUCCCAUAAUAAAGCAUGUCAUAAUGCUUGUAAGUCCCCAAGUAAAAGAUAUGACGGGGAGGGCAAAGUAUUACAUUGAAGACCUUUAUACCCUGUAGGU